AUGAAACCCGAAAUUAGGGAAAAACAGGUGGUUGUUAGGCCGGAAUUCUACGAGACGAGUUUAGUGUACAAAUUUACGGACAUCAUCAAAGGGGUCUACGUUUUGCCUAUCACGGCGUUUUUUUCCUGCAUUCUGCUGUCACUAUAUUUUAACUUUGAGGCCACCACGAACACCCACUGCAAUGUUGAAAAUUAUCUGCCAUCAGUUAGUGCUGCCAUUGGUACAUUUCCACUUCAGAAAUUCCUCUGGCAAUAUCUCAUUGCCCUACACACUCCCCCAAGAUUAUUUGUGGCCUUCCUGUACAGAUCGUACUUCAAAACAUUCAAUAGUUUGUCGUCGGGGUCUGUUUUCUUGAACCUGGCUGUAGAUGUCAUCACAGUCACUGAUCUUAUAGAGAAUUUGAGUUUGCUCUUGCUGACUAUUGUCUCUUCCAGAGAAAAUUAUUAUUAUCACGAGAAAGCCUUCCUCACGUUUUUAUUCACAUCGCAAGUUCACAUGCUUCUCAAGAUUUUCCUCAUAAGGAAGCUGAAAAAUGACCCGCAGUAUUCAGAUACAAAAUCGUUGAGGAUUAAGACAAUGUUGUGGCUAAUAAAUAUAACAGCUGUUAUUUUGUCUGCUUAUUUUUUCGUCAGGCAUAAUAACCACUGCGAAACUGGGGUGUACACCCUGUUUGCCCUCUGCGAGUACACCAUCGUCCUAACCAACAUCGCCUACCAUGGUACGGGGUUUCUGGAAUUUUCUAACACUGCUAUGACUCUGGAAAUCGGCGCCCUAAGUAAAGCCAAAAGUAAGCCUUCUUAG